GCUAGAUUGUCUAUGCUGAAAGGCCUCUCACAGACAACCACAGAUCGCUGGCUUCUUACGGUUUGAAAGAUGGAGAUGUUGUAAUUUUACGACAAAAGGAGAAUGCGGAUGCUCGCCCUCCGGUGCAGUUCCCAAAUCUACCCCGAAUAGACUUCCGUAGUAUAGCUGUGCCUGGCACAUCAAGCUCCCGGCAGCGCCAGCCACCAGGCGCACAGCAGUCCCACUCAUCUCCUGGAGAAAUAGCCUCAUCUCCUCAGGGUUUGGACAAUCCAGCCUUGCUCAGAGACAUGUUGCUGGCCAACCCCCAUGAGCUGUCCUUGCUGAAGGAACGCAACCCACCCCUGGCAGAGGCUCUGCUCAGUGGAGACCUUGAGAAAUUUUCCAGGGUCCUGGUGGAGCAGCAGCAGGACCGAGCCCGGAGAGAGCAAGAAAGAAUUCGUCUCUUUUCUGCCGAUCCUUUUGACCUUGAAGCUCAGGCGAAGAUAGAAGAAGAUAUAAGGCAACAGAACAUUGAGGAAAACAUGACAAUAGCUAUGGAAGAGGCGCCGGAAAGUUUUGGCCAAGUAGUGAUGCUUUAUAUUAACUGCAAAGUGAAUGGACAUCCUGUGAAAGCCUUUGUUGAUUCAGGUGCCCAGAUGACUAUUAUGAGCCAGGCUUGUGCAGAAAGGUGUAAUAUAAUGAGACUGGUGGACCGUCGGUGGGCAGGGAUCGCCAAAGGAGUAGGCACCCAGAAGAUUAUUGGAAGGGUACAUCUAGCUCAGGUUCAAAUUGAAGGAGAUUUCUUGGCGUGUUCCUUCUCUAUUCUUGAGGAGCAGCCCAUGGACAUGCUUCUGGGACUGGACAUGCUGAAGCGGCAUCAGUGUUCCAUCGAUCUCAAGAAAAAUGUCCUGGUGAUCGGCACUACAGGCUCACAGACCACCUUCCUUCCUGAGGGAGAGUUGCCAGAAUGUGCCCGGUUGGCCUACGGGGCCGGGAGAGAGGAGGUGCGACCUGAGGAGAUUGCAGAUCAAGAACUAGCAGAAGCCCUUCAAAAAUCUGUAGAGGAUGCAGAGCGUCAGAAGCCAUGAUGCAUGUAGUGUGUGUGUGCUGCAGCUGGAGUGGGCCCCAGACCAGAGAAAAGCGGUAAAGAAACUACCUCACUGGGAAUGUCAUCAUUACCAACUUCAGCUGGAUUGAACUAUCCAGCCCAUCCUUCAGGACGGAGUCCUGAGUUUGAUGAUCCUGCGAGUCUUGCUCACUCUGUCUCUGCUUCAGUCUGCCCUACCACGCCCAGUGACCCAGACAGCCUCGAACCGAAAGCUCAGAAGACUUUGCAGGCUUCGGCUGAAUUCCAGACGACCACUGAAAAGAAAGCACAUCUCUCUCUGCAGGACCUUUCUGACUGUGUAUUCUCAGGAGACAGCACUGCCGAGUACCAGAGUCCAGCUACGCCUUUGUGGAACUCAUCCGAAGAAGCCAUUGUUGCAGAUAAUCAGGAGGUGUGUCCUGCUGAAAGAAGCACCCAGGCCCUCAGGUCUCGUCUCCACACAAGCCAGGAAGCUAGUUUACCUGUCACAACUACUAAGGUGAAAAAAACACAGAAGUUUCAAGGUGACACGGGUUGGCUUCCAGAAUAUCAGAGCCUGAGUCAAGUGAACAGCCUGCAGCAGAGUGAAGAACCAGGGAGUGACCAGCAUGAGAUUGAACAACAGAAUGUGCCACGUGAUCAUGAACACCCUUAUGGCACAGAGGACCUUGAUGUUCCCGGAGAAAACCAACAGAAUCCACCAAAAAAUACUGAUUUGGAAGCCACAGUGACAGGAGACAGGCUACCGCAGAAUGUGGAGCUUCUGGGUACGGAGAAAAAUGUACUACGCUUUGGAUGCUCAAAUUCAGAAACUUUUAUGGAUGUCGACGCGGCUGAACAGCCCCUUGCUGCUGUGCUCAAUUCAGCAGGCGGUCAGAAGGCCAGUGUCCAGAACACUGGCGCAGCUACCCUCACCUUAGAUAAUCCCCUGAUGGAAGUAGAAACAGCAAAAAGUACCUCUUCAUCUGAAAUUUUAAGUAAUUCUAUUUCCACUCAGGAUUUACAGCUCCCACAAAAUAAUGCUGAAAUGUCUGGAGCAAAUAAAGAGUGUGGGAAUUGCUCUCCUUCUAUAAGUCUGGGUGGCAAUAGUCCGUCCCCUGCCGAGUCUGCAGACGAACCCUGCUCAUCUGUAACGGCCGCCUUGAAGGAACUUCAUGAACUUUUGGUCACGAGUAGUAAACCAGCAGCAGAAGGUACAUCCAAAGACGUGAUAUGUUCAUCAGAAACAGUAGAGGAGGGCCAAGCAGGUGUUCAGAACCUUUCUGAAAGACGGACCCCAGAUGAGCACCUUACAGUUACCCCAAAUGAACAGUGUUCACAGGCCUCUUUCCAUCAGGCCAUAUCCUUUUCAGUGAAGGCAGAAAAGUUAACAGAUGCUUCAACUGGUGCUGGGAUAGAAGGUGUAGAGAACAGUAACUUCAGGGGUCCAGGUGAUGGCCUAUUAACUGAUAAGGAAGCUGUCCCCAAGUCUAGGGAAUCACUAACGGAGAGCAGUACCGUCACCCUCACCUCAGCCAGAAUGUCUAAUCAGUUACACUACACUUUAGGUGUAGAAAUUUCACCCAAACUUAUAGCAGGUGAAGAGGAUGCGCUUAGUCAGUCUUCUGAGCAAGCCAAGUCCUGGUCAUCCAGUUUCAUGUUGGUUAAAGAUACGGGUCAGGGCACAGAGAAUCCAGUGACAGGCAGGCCUGCAACCAGAGAAGACAUCUGUCCUGAAGCUGCAGGGCCACUUGUUGAAUUGGAACCACCUGCCAGCCGUCCAGCAAGCCCCGCCAUCCUUCCGCCCCUGAUUGUUCCUGCCGCAGACGUUGACCGGAUCCUCCGGGCAGGCUUUACCUUGCAGGAAGCUCUCGGAGCUUUACGUCGAGUUGGUGGAAAUGCAGACCUUGCACUUCUUGUUUUGCUAGCAAAGAACAUUGUAGUUCCUACAUAACCAUGGAAAAGUGGGCUAGACUGUACUCCAUUCCCUUCAAAAAACAAAAUGAUAAUAUAUAUACACACACACACAAGCACUCACCACAUACACAGUAUAUGUAGAACCUGCAAGCAGAAUGUUGAGCCAGAUUUUUUUUAAAGAUUUUUUCGGCCAAAGUAAUUUAUGAUCUCUUGUCUGAUGAAUUUGUCUAUUUGUUAAAAUUUGGGCCUUUUUAAAUGUUUUGGCUAUGUGUGCAUACAAAAGCUUUUUAUUCUCACUGAGAUGAUGUAUUCUAGAAUAAAAGUAAUGGUUUUGUGUAUAGCA